ACUUAUGAACUCAUCUGAAAACAAACUAUAGUUGUUUCAAUAAAGUUCGGAAACCACCAGAGGUAUACGUCAUGCUUUGUGGUUAAUUAAUCACUACCGACAAACCUAGGAAAAUAUCAAGGUUUUUCUUAGGUGUAUGUAUAUUGGAAACCCUUUCCAAGAGAACUAGUUCAGUGUACAGGUUCGCAACAUUAGCUCACUUGCUUGUGUCUAGUGAGGAUGUCUGAAAUGAUUCGAACGAUCGCGAUAGUCUUGUUGGUUUUUCCGGCUUUAGUUUUUCCUGCGACUUUAAAUCAAAAUGCAACGAAAAUUAGCCAAACAAGUUUAGUGCGUCCUGUCGACUCAACAAUUAUUAACACAGUCCAUAGUAGAAACUCCAGCAGAGCUUAUCCCAAAGUAUGGUUGGCCAAUCUACUCUAUGAAACGCUAGUGAAUUUUACGGUUAGAGAUGUGGGCAACACAGCUUGUCGAAAACAAACAGAGAUGUACAUUAGGCAUUUACAAAAUGCAUCAUACUGGGCCGUUAAAAUGUCAGAUUCAUGGCCGAGAUACUUAAACGGAUUAUUAAUAGGCACUACACAUCACAUGGGUGUUUACGAUGAGUGUGUCAGUGUGCAUAGUCCAGUACAAGGAAAAUAUUGUAUACCUCAAAUCAAUAUAGAAACGACGUCCGGCGAAGACUUCACGGUUUACAGUAAAGACGCUUAUGAGAGCCAUGACCACGCGUGGCAAGAGAUUUUAGGGGGUGUAAACUAUGAUGAUCGAAUGCGAUUAAGAAACGAAAUAAGAACUGGAAUUUGUAUACCUGGAUCGUGUACAGCUACUGACCUUCAAGUAUCAUUGCAAAAGGAACUUGACAAAACGUUGUUGGCACAUAAGUUAAAAGCCCAAGUCAAAGUUGAUCCUAUGCUAUGUUCUACAGACAAGGAUUUAUAUACGUUUGAUACCGGAUACUAUUUGACCAAUAUAUUUAUUGGUUUGUUAGUGUUGAUUUGUUCUUUGUCGACCACAUACCAUAUGAUACUAUUGAUUAAAACAGGAGAAGGAGAAAAACCGAAGAAAAUGCCAGAAUUAUUAAAUAUGUUUUCAUUUGUUAAAAAUGGAAGAGAUCUGAUUAAAUAUGACAGAAAUAAUCAUUUAAAUAUUUAUAAUGGUAUAAAAGUUCUAACGAUGAUCCUAGUAUUGUUUGGCCAUAAGUUUUUAUACUAUGUAAUUAAUCCAAUCUUGAACCCUGUGCUAGUAGAAGAGAUUUACACUAAAGGUCCAUUCUUUUUAUUAACUUGUAUGAACUUGGUAGACCCGUUUUUCUUUACAACUGGUUACCUGAUGUACGUUAUGCUUAUUCCACAAUUUAGUAGAGCUAAAUGUAACUGGACGGAAGUACCGCAAGUUAUUAUUUACAAAUAUCUUAAAACAUUGCCAUCUUAUAUAAUGGUUAUGCUAUUGACGGCAUUUGUUAUCCCACACAUCGGAGAUGGACCAUUCUGGGCAUACAAAAUGUGGCCCGAAGCAGAGAAAUGUAAAAACUAUUGGUGGGCUAAUUUGUUGGCUGUCAGUAAUUUUAUUCCAGUUGAAAAUCAAUGUCUCAUAGCAGGAUGGUACAUAUCGUGUCUUCUACAGUUCCUUGUCAUUGGAACAGUGGUCAUGUAUAUUUAUGUCAAAAGGCAUAAACUCGGUACCCGUAUAAUAUUUGCUCUUUUUUGUACAUCGUUAAUAAUUCCAUUUGCCAUAACGUAUAACACCAAAUCGUAUGGAAUAAUAAGAGUAAUGGUAUCAUUCCUGUUAAACCCAGCCAACUCAUUUGAGUUUACAAAUCUAUACAGACAAUUCUACUUGCGAGGUAUACCGUUUUACGCUGGUCUGUUAGCCGGGCUUAUAGCCGAUGCUUUGAAAAAAAGAGAAAUACAAAUGUCUACGAAAGUCGCUUACGUUAGUACUGCGAUUAUAACAGUUAUUUGUUCGUAUAUUCAGAUGUAUGGAAAGGUAUUCUAUGUGAGGCACAGACCGUACAAUGCACUCGAACAGGCCAUUUACGCGGUUCUUAGUCACUGCACAUGGACCACAAUAUUGUUUUGGAUCGCUAUCUGUCAUACGAUUUCUAGUUAUGGUCCGAUUGAAAAAAUAUUCAAUAAUCGCUUUGUUGUGCCAUUGGGCAGGCUGUCGUAUCCUGUAUAUUUAGUCAAUAUCACAAUAAUGAUGAUAAUAGAAAGUGAACAAAGGGCAGCUGUGGUACCAAGGAUAUCGAAUUUGCAUGAUGGAUGGAUUGCUGGAGUAUUCAAAACAUAUUUUGUAGCUGUAUUAAUAUACUUAUGCGUCGAAGCACCGUUUGGCUUGUUAAUAAAGAAAUUAUUAGUUGGAAGUAAAUCAUCUGAGGACAAAUUAAAAAAUCAAACAAGUGGUGAAAAAGAACCUGUUCAAAUUGCUCAGAACGAAGAAAUAAAAUUGUGAUAACACAAUAUAAACUGUCGUUAUAUUUAAAGUAAAUAAUGUAAAAACGGGUUUUUUUAUUUUAUUAACGUGUAUUCCUUAUUAAUGAAAUUAGUCUGAUUAAUUAAGAACAAGCUAUCAAAUAAUAUGUAU